AUGAGAUUAGGAGAUGUAAGAGCCAAUGACCAGAAACGAGAAGCCAUAGCCCUCAUGGAACAGGCCGGAUGUGAUAUCACUCAAGCUUGUGGAGCCCUAGAGUGGCCGAAAUUACAACAGGUAUUAGCUCCUCAGUAUCGUCUGAAAAUAUUUCAAUUCAAAUCUACUUCCACUAAACUCUGUUUAGAGCGCAUCUUCAAAGGCUGGGGAGAUGGAACUUGUUUGAACAUUUUGUUAGACAACCGUCAUUACGAUGCCAUCAUAUCGAUGCCGGGAGUGACUGGGAACCCCUAUUACUGUGAUCAUUGCGACGUGGGGUACAGUCAUGUCACAGACCAUCGGUCCAAGUGUCCUCAUCGCUGUCCCUAUUGUUUAGGACCACACCCUAAAUGUCCCGAUGAAGGGAUCGAGAUUAAAUGUCGGGAAUGCCAAGGAAUGUUUAAGAACAGGACCUGCUACGAAAAUCAUUUAAGACCUCAUAGUAAGAAAACCACCACUACUGUCUGCAAUUUAAUGGGGCUAUGCGAGAAGUGUCAGUCCUGGAUACCUAAGAAAUUAUUACCUCAUCACAAAUGCGGAGAUCAGAAACAGUGUAAGAUCUGUAAGAAAAUCGUCGAUGCCGAUCACCGGUGCUACGUACAACAGAAGCCCAAGAAGAAGAAGAAGAAGAAGGGGAAAGAAACCUUAGAGUUUUACAUUUAUUUCGAUUUCGAAUGCACUCAGGAAUCGGGCAUUCACGUUCCUAAUCUAUGUGUGGCACAUCGCAACCAGAAUUACGUAGGACCUUAUCCACCGGCAGCUUUCUACAAACCGGACGAAAUGUCUACCAGCGGACGAAAAGCUUUUUACCAAUGGUACGACCAACAGAGGGGAAAAGUGUUUGAUUUCCAGAAAGAGUUUGUAGGGUAUUGUAUCUCGGACGUCGACAUUUUAAGACGAUGCUGUGCACAUUUUAGAAGUACCCUCAAGAAGUUGGUCAACGUGGACCCUUUCCAGGAAUCCAUCACGUUUGCCAGUGCUGCUAACUUAGCCUACCGUCGAAAUUUCAUGCCUAAAGACACCAUUGCCAUCAUUCCGAACCUCGGGUAUGAACCGGCACGACAAUAUUCGGCCAAAGCCUGUCGGUGGCUCACCUGGAUGAGUCAUCAGAGUGGAUGUCACAUACGACAUGCCAGAAACGGAGGCGAAGUCCCCAUCGGAAAUUAUACCGUCGACGGAUACCAGGAAGCGACUCGUACCGUCUACGAAUUUUACGGGUGUUAUUGGCACGGAUGCCCCACUUGCUAUCCCAGUUUACAGACGGAAACUCAUCCUCACCGGACCCAAUUUACUUACCAACAAUUACACGAGAAAACCCUCAGAAGGACUGCGGAUUUAAAGGACAUGGGGUACACCGUGUGUAGUAUCUGGGAGCACGAUUUUGAUCAGCAAGUGCAACAAGAUGAGAGUUUACAACAAUUUGUACGAGAUCUGGACAUUCCGGAUCCUUUGAAACCUCGAGAAGGUCUGUACGGAGGCCGGACCAAUGCCACUAAAUUAUAUUGUGAAGAAGGGGACAUGAGAUACGUGGACGUCUGUUCCUUAUACCCUUACGUGUUGAAACACAGACCCUUUCCCCUAGGGCAUCCCGAGAUCAUCACAGACGACUUCCAGGACGUGAGAAGUUAUUUCGGUCUCAUUCACUGUCGGGUCUCACCACCCCGAGGCCUCUUUCACCCCGUAUUACCUUAUCGGACGGCAGGCAAGUUAUUAUUUCCCUUAUGUCGCACGUGUGCCCAACAACAGGACUCUACGUCUCAAGAUCGAUGUCAACACACCGACCGGGAACGUAGUCUCACGGGUACUUGGGUGACGAGCGAAUUACAUAAAGCCCUAGACAUGGGCUAUACCUUAGAGCGAAUUUACGAAGUGUGGCAUUUUAAAGAAAGCAGUCAAGACUUAUUUAAAAACUACAUCAAUACCUUCCUCAAGAUCAAACAGGAAGCGUCCGGAUUUCCCCCCGACUGUAAGACCUCAGAACAAGAACAAGAUUACAUUCGACAAAUCUUCGACAAAGAAGGAUUCAUGAUAGAUAGGCUCAGUAUCGAGAAGAAUCCAGUGAAAAGAACCAUUGCUAAACUCUUUUUAAAUUGUCUGUGGGGAAAAUUUGCUCAACGGUUGUUAUUACCCAAAGUCAGAUACUUGGACGAAGUAGAGGAAUUACACCAACUCUUACAAAAUUCGACUCUCAACAUCAAGGGUGUGCGACUCUUAGUCAAUAAAGAAGAUUCCAAUGAAGACAAGAUUCUAGUGAAUUUUCAAGACAAAGAGGAAUUCGUCGAAGAAUGUCCCUUUGGAAACGUGAUCCUGGCUUGUUUUACCACCGCCUAUGCCCGCUUACAUCUCUACGAGACUUUACAACCUUUAGAAGAACGAGGCCUUUAUUUCGAUACGGACAGUAUCAUUUACCAACAUAGGGAAGGAGCUUUUAAUCCUACCUUGGGUCAUAGUUUAGGAGAAUGGACCGACGAAUUAGACGGGGAUCACAUCACCAAAUUCAUGUCGGCAGGUCCUAAAAAUUAUGGUUUCCGGACGGACAAAGGAACCGAGACCCUUAAAUGCAAAGGAAUCACUCUCAACCAUCGUACCUCUCAGUUGGUGUGCCCAGACACUUUAGAAAAAAUGCUCAAAGGAGAAAUAGAGGAAGUGACAGUCCCUUAUCCCGACAAAAUCCAGAGGACCCGUGAUCAUGAGCUCGUGAACAAACCUUCAGAGAAAACGUAUAGAAUUGUGUAUGACAAGAGACAAAUUGUAGAGAAUUAUAACACUUUACCUUAUGGUUAUUAA